ACGGAUCUGAUUGCCGAUCCGAAGAGUCGUUUAGCCGAAUGGUUCAAACCGGGUACGGUUAAACCAUUAGCCACUGAUAAAGGCGAACGUUUCGUACCAUCAUUAGCACUUCCGUCGAAACCUGAUGAUUUAGCGAAGCUUGUUGGUGAGUGUGAAGCGUUGAAUUUGUCGGAAUUGAAAGAGUUAGCAAUUGAUGUGCUGCAAAAAUAUCAACGAACCGAGGAACAACAUUACGUUACGUCGUAUGUUCAAAUUGCCUUACGAGAUCUGGAAGCAUGGCAUUUUGAAAAAGAACAAGGCAAACAGAAUAGCGUUGCAACGAAAAAGAAGGCUGCUGGUACGCCACAAGAGGAGAAUUAUCCUCAACAACCUACGUACGAUGAAUGGGACAAUAUGUGA